AUGCGGCUCGCGCCGCCCGGAUUCACGGGACCACCCACGUCGAACGACCAGAGCAACGGGAACGACGAUCGUACGUCCACGAGCUUGCCUUUCGAGCUUUCUACGCGCGAUCCCUUGCGUACCCGCGGCCUCGAGAAUGAUCCCGGCUGGCAGCAGCCGUCGCGAAAGGGAUCGCGUCGUCGCUGGUCCUGUAAUCGGCUCGAGUCGGUACGGGACGGGCCUGAAAUCGGAAACGCCACUGCCUUUAACGUCUCGCACGGUUACGUUACCCGUCGCGCGCUACCAAACCACGACCACGGUGCUCGCGAUCGUUCCGCGUCGCGCGGAUCGAGGCCGCGGUCCCCCCACGGCAAGAAGGCGAGAACAAGAUGGAAACGAGACACGGAACUCGUCGAUCGCUCUCGGAUUCCUAUCGCGAACGCCACAAACGUUACCGCUGUCGCCGCGUUCGCUUACACUGCCUACAACGACGCCGAGAACGCCGACGGGGACACCGACGUCUCGAGGACCACCGCGUCGCCUCCUCACCGCCGCGGCCCUCGCGAUAAGGACAACUCUCGAGGGGAGCCGAUACGUCGCGAUACGGAGUUACGCGGACGUUCCCGUCGAGGCACGCGUGCUGGAACCACGAAUCGCGACUACACUGCCCGGUUCCAGGAGCCGAUCGCCAACAGGGGACGACGACCCGAGCUGCGAGCGACGAGCGGACCAACGAGGCUGUCCAAUUCGCACGGUAGAAAGUACGGGUUGCUCUUCGUCUUGUAUCUGCUGGCUUGGCCUCUGGUGUCUUCGACGAAUCCCUCCGGACAAUUUGCCACGGGGUUCGCUCAGAGUCCAUCCCUCGGUCCCCUCGAGACUUUGCCGCGGCGCAACGUCACGCAAAUCACGCCUCAGCAGCAGCAGCAGCAGCAGCAGCAGCAGCAGCAGCAGCAACAUCACGGCCGCGAUUUCGGCGACGACGACGGGCAUCGUCGUCGCGCUCGCCACGAGGAAAAACAGCAGCAAGAUCAACGGGAGACGGAGCUGGAAGAAUCGUUGUCGUAUCAAGAUCAGCAGGCGUUCAUCGACACCGAGACGACGCAUCCUUACAACGAAUACAGCUGGGAGGUGAACCAAGUGAAUCCUUGGUUAUCGGCCUGCGACCUGGCGGGACCAGCGCCGGCCGAUCUUCAGGGUAGCUGCGGUCCACCCGAGGUGCCCAAGAAUUGCCCGUCACCCUGCGCGGUCACCGCUGGGGGAAAGGGCACGGACAUGUUUCAGCAGGUGAUCGAGAAGGUCGAGGUCACCGAGGGGAGGCCCUGGUCGGUUGACGAGAACGGGAAACGUUUCAACGUUGGAACGAAGACGGGACACGCUCGUGGGAUGCCCGAGGGCGUACGGACGGCUCCGGAACAGUGCCUUUUUUAUCUCGAGGAGUCGCAUAAGAGGGACAUCUGUCGGGAUGAUUUUGGCCGGAGCAGUACGCGAAGUUUUUUAACCCCGAGGGAGAAUCGAUAUUGGUUCAUGAGCGGGUUGCGUCUGCGGCACUGCUGCGAGCACGCGGUGGUCAACGCCCUGGCACCCGGCAAGGGCGGUCCGCUCGAGAACGUGCUAAAUGGUGGCCAGAAGUGCGCCGAUGCCCUGGACAAGCUGUUGCUCGUCGAUGCGUUAGCCGCGAGAUUACAUUGUGAGUUCGAGGAAGUGCUGGCGCGUUACGACUGCGCUCAGCCCUAUUCGGUCAUCUUCAACUGCACCCAUUGCAAGGAGGCGUAUAGAAAAUGGGUGUGCAGCUCCCUGGUGCCUUACUUUGCUCACGGGGGACCGCAGGACUUGGAUACCUUGGAGAACAGCUGGGUCGGAAGCAGGCUUAGGCCCUGUCGGUCCUUCUGCCAAUCCGUGGAGCAACGUUGUCCUUACUUGCUUCCGGGUGACCGUGCCCCCGCGUACCCCACCCAAUACGCUGGCGAACCCACCUUUCUUUGCAGAGAUCCAAACAUCCCCGAGACCGGAGGGCAAGCCUCGAGGGCGUUGCAUAGCAGCGAGGAGGGCGAGUGCUGUUUCCAUGUGUGCUCCGAGGAGAAACCAGGAUCGGGCAUCUGCUGGAAUUGCACGGAUCGGGAGUCUAGGAAGCGCGGGAGAAGCCACGAUCCACCGACGGCGCCCCACUGCGAGAUUAAUCCUAUUCAACCAGCUUCCACAGGUAUGCAGUACCCACAGUCAACGUCCACAACCAGCGGCGGAGACGGCGAAGAAGAGGACUCGUCGAUGUCGCCACUGUCCCCCUCCAACACGCUGCAGCAACAACAGGGGACCUCGUUGUGCGGCAGCGGCGGGGUAGGCUCGAUGCCCAUGGUCUCGUCGUCCAAUCGACCAUCGCCCUCGAUCCUCCUCCGGCUGCUCUGGCUGUGCUCGUUGUUGGCCAGCUUCCUCGCCACCGUUCGAAAGGUCCCCGUUCUCUGGAUCACGUGGGUCUUCCACGGGUUGAUCGCCGCCCUGGUGGACCGUCAGUCUCGAGGAACGGGCCGCGCCUUGGGUCUCGUCGCAUCGUUGCGUCGUCGCAGGGGUUGUUGUCACGUCGGGGCGCGUCACUGUGCGAAGUGGAUGCUCGAAAAGUGGGUGAUGGUCGAACGUCGUUGCAGGGGCUGGUGGUGCUGGUGCUGGUGGUGGUGGAGGUGGCGACGACGGAAAUCACGAGCAGCCCCGAUGUCGCGUCGUAAGCGUCGUCGUCACUCUCUCGAUGGGGUCUCGUGUCGUCUUUCGACGGCGAGUCGCGGCGACGGAGGCGCGAAUCGCGCUCGAAGACCUCGCGACGAGUGCCGCGGUUGCACGUCGACGCUGAUCGGUCGCUGGACGCGUGAUCUCGGGGUGAAGUGUCGUUGGUGGUGGUGGUGGUGGUGCUGGUGGUGGUUGUGCCGACGGUGGAGGCUGCGGGGACGAUCGAUCGUCGGUCCACGGUUCGUCGAAGAGGAUCAAACAGGGGAUCGUCGUCGCGCGUCUCUGCGAGGAAGCGAAAGAGGCGACGAGGGGCCAGGCGGCGAUGUCUGGCGUUCCGCGGCGAGACGGCGAUGCUUGGCGUCGUCGUUGAGGAAGGAUCCGCCAUAGGGGACGGCCUCGGGGAGCGCAGAUGCGCGAGACGCAGAUUUUUUCUAUCGGUAGCCGGAGCUCCAGUCGAGAAGGACUCGCGGUGUACCUUACACAGGAUUCCGGGCCCUCGUGAAAGGGUCGCGGGAGCAACGAACGCGCGUGCCUCUUACGCGUCGAGGGCGAAGGAUCGGGGCACGACGGGGAACCGAUUCGGAAACGGUGAAGAGAGACGAGGCGUGGAUGCGAGAGGAAGAAAUUUCGAUUGCGCUUCGAGGGAGAUCGGGGUUCGAAUAACGGGAUGGGGGAGGGGAGGAAGAAUCGCCAGGGGACGAUGAACUUGGACAUCGAACGACGAGAAGACGCGCCGAAGACGCACACCCGGGUUCAGUUCCCCUUGGAAUUUAGGGAAACGUCGAGGACAAACGGAAACGAUGGUACCGUGACAUACACACGCAAAAAAAAAAAACACGUCUGUCGCGAAUAAUAAUGAUAACAAUAAUACAAUAAUAAUUGAUAAAAUUAAAAUAAUUAACGAUGAUCACGAUUAUAAUGGUAAACGAUAAACCGACGAUGAUGAUCACCUUUUUGGGGGGACGACGAUACUAAAAAACGCAGAGAUAUAUUGAUGCUGAUUAUACCGAUGAUAAAGAUGAUGAUGUUGAUGACGAUACGAAGACGAAGAUAAAUGAUGACGAUGAUGAUGGGUGAUGACGAAGAUAAUGAUGAUGAUAAUUGAAUAAAAUAAAUAGCUAACGAAUAAUAAUAAUUGAAUAAUGAAGUAAAUAAUAACGGUUAAAUAAUGGAGUAACGAUGAAGAGGAAAAAAAACCGAUAAAAGUAAUGUUAACGUAAACGAUAGAAUGAUUACAAUACAACUAUUAUUAUACAUUCAAAGAUACGUCACAUAAGUACACACACGCAUACAUAAACGAUACGAAACUGGUGAAUUGAAGAGUACGGCACGUUGAAAUCGGUAUUAUUGAAAUUGUCGACGAAGAGGAGAGGGAUCGGUGGACGCGAAUCCUGUGCGAAUGUGCUAACACGGGAGCGAAUGGGAUGUGCGAAUGCGAAGAACACAAAAUGGCGGGCGAGAACGCGACCGGAUGAGACAAAAUGGCACACGCAAGGGGCAAGCAUGCAAGUAUGAGUAAUUAACGAUUGACGAAAACGACAUUGUUCAGAAAAAAGUAACACACACACACACACACACACACACACACACACACACACA